CAACAGCAAUACCUGCUUGCAAGUACCACUGAUUUUGCAUUUUUCAGUGUGUUUCCUAAGAUCACUCUACUACCCCUGACUCUGAAGUAUAAUAAUAUAGCCAUCCACUCUUUCUCAAAAUCAGGAUCGGCCCAGACACUUUCCCAUGAAUUUUUCCAUGUUUUCUUCAACAGAGUGUUUCCCACUCGAAUGACAAACAGCUACAAUGGCACAGCCGCAAGUCAGACACAGAACAAGUCUCCACGACAAGCUCAGAAUAAGGCAAAAGCCUUUCCCCCUCCUGGAUACCGUGCCCGAUAAUGAGGAAGAAAGACCGCGCUCCAGCUACCAGCCUAAACAUGCUGCCGCCGAUUUUUCUCGCUUGACGGAGUCCGAGACAAGUCAGGUAUCCCCUUCACAAACACGGCGAGUAUACCGCCGCCCAGAAUCGGCAAAUCCUCUGGCCGAGAUACGAUUCCGCGGUCAACGGCGGGACAUGGCAUCCGCAUUUUCGCAACAAGAACAGUCCAAGCUAGCUCAUCUAUCAAGACAACCGCCACAGACUGUCACGAGACCGGUUCCUCUCACAGACUACGAGCUUUUCCUCGCACGAGCAGAACUCGAAGAGAGAGCACACAGGGACUUAUUACAGACCAUGAAUUCCCAGCUACAUGAGAGUCUUCAUGAUCUCAUCAGGCCAGACCCUCAUCAACAAUUUGUCUCGCUGUCUCCUACCAGGCUAAGCGCAGGCUCGACCGCCGUAGCUGGGACAAGUCGGACAACGACCGGCAACAAGAGUCGUGCAAGCCGCACCAGCUGGGCACCCAGUUCUGCAACCGGCGACACGGCGGCAGAGAUUGUUGUGUCCCAACAACAUGAAGGAAGUCUAAGAACACAACCUCACCAUAUCAGUUCACAUCAUCAACCACAACCAGAUCCCAAGAGCCAUUCGGUGAUGCCCAACGGCGUCAAGGAAUCAAUACACCGCUCAGGAACCGUAGGUCGGAUCUCGGACAACGGCCUUGCACAGCACCUAAGGGCUCCAACCCUCAAAAGGCAAGCAAGCUUUGCUCAAAGAAUCGCCGAUUACAUCCGCCCUCCACGACCUGACACCAUGGAUACUUGUAGGAACGAGACAGCCUUGAAGUUGACACGGUCUAAAAGUCAGGCUGGGCUAAGGAGGCUGGUGGCUGUUCCAAUUCACCACAUUGAGACGCUGGCAGAAUAAUCAUCACUCAAUCACCUGGUAUUGUUAAUGAAUGUUACACGCUACCUCUCCAUGACACUCUCCCCUUCGCUCUUUAACUUUCUAUUUUUCCAUGUCGCUUUGUGCAACGUUCUUACAUAGGAUAACGACCCUGGAUUGAUCAAGACCCAUCCACCGGCUCACCAUUCAACCCUCAAUAAGCUAACAUGGUAUCUCCACUGAGCCGACAGACCCUCCAAACUGAUAUGCUUCGGUAGCCCUUCUCAGUGCCGGCACCCCCUCAAAAAUCAGCUUAUCCCCCAACCCAAGUAUUACGCACUCAGGACAUGGAGA